GGAGUACUAUAAAUAUGAAAUAUGAGUCACCUUUGUGUACAGGAAGCCUUAAAAAUUAGGAUUAAGACAAAGAGCAGUGGUGCCAGAUGUAAUGCAAUUUUCCAACACAGGGUGGCGUCUAUUAAGAAUGAUUUGCAAUGAAUUAAUUGCCAUAAAGCGCAUUCUAGGAGACAAUACCCACGAAUUAUGGUGAUAAAAUAAUUCCAAGCAGUUGCUUUACUGAACGAGUAAAAGUAUUAUUAUUUGUGUUCUGUUCAUUUUGUCAUUUUGGAAGUAGUUCGUUUUUAUUCAGUAUCAAAUGCUACAUUAUCUAACAAUAUGAAAAAUUGCAAUGCCGUUAAGGAGUGGGUGUCACCCAGCGAGUUUUACUUGAGGUUUACAGUAAGUGUACUGGGGUGUGUCGUUGCGGUGCCCUGGUCGAAAUAAUUUCAGCAUUUAUAUUUUGAAAUGAGGCCAUGGUGCUUUCUUUUUAUACUUCAUAAAGCCUUAUGACUCCUGACAGACAGCGCUUAAAAUAGCAUGCUCGUUAUGAACAACAUGGCUUCCUCUUGCCUGCAAUAAUGUUCGUCCCAGAACCGAGGGCCAUUAAGGCUGGACUUGCGUGAGGUGCGGUGUUGCUUGACAACUCAAAGAACGUGUCCUUUACAAUGUCUUACGUGUCGAGAUUCUCUACAUCGUCCAGGAGCAGUUCGACAUCUGCAAGAAGCCAAGAUUUGGACCUCAGCUCCCCCAUGCUGACGGUAUUCGAACUUGAGCGUCUCCUCUACACAGGGAAAUCAAUCAACAGCCACGCGGACGAGGUUUAUCCCAGGCUUUAUCUUGGUGAUCAGGAAAUAGCAGCAAAUCGUCAUGAGCUAGCGACGCUUGGCAUCACUCACAUCCUGAACUGCGCACACAGCAAGUGGCGAGGUGGUGCUGAGCGCUAUGAGGGCAUGCACAUCACGUACGAGGGUGUGGAAGCGCACGACACCCCUGAUUAUGACAUGAGUGUCAACUUCUACCCGGCAGCGGACUUCAUACACAAGGCUCUCAGUGGCGGAGGGAAGAUCCUGGUGCACUGUGCUGUCGGAGUCAGCCGGUCAGCCACGCUGGUGCUGGCGUACUUGAUGAUCCGGCAGAAUAUGACUCUCGUGGAGGCUAUCAAGACGGUGAAGGACCGCCGCGGCAUCAUCCCAAACCGCGGGUUCCUGCGACAGCUCAUUCGGCUAGAUGGCAGCCUUCACGGCAACCGCUGGACCUAGAGCACCGUGGGAAGUUCAGGCAUUAAAAAAAGACACAAAAAAAAAAAAAACCACGGUGUUGCCAAUAUGCUCGGUCUUCUCUUAAAUUCUGCCUUAAGCAUGUGUAUUUUUAAUCUGCUCCCAAUGUGCUAGGAAAAGCAUGGAUUCAAUUAAGCGCUGCUAAAUAAUUAACAUGCUGCAAGCACCGUUAGGUUCUGGUAUAGGAAGCAACUGUUUUCAGUUUGAUUGUGCCCUGUGCAUUGUUUUUUUUAAAUCAAACCCUCAGUGGUAGAGCAUGUGGGUAAGCAAAAAGCUCAUAUUUCACAAAAGGAUAGAAGAAGUUGGACUGUAGCCAGACAGUUGUAUUACCAUGGAGCUUUGAAAUAUUAUCCUUGUUGACAGAAAAAGCUUUAUCACUCUGCAAUUUGGGACUGAGUUUCUUUUAAGAGAAGAAGGUAUUAUUUUAGAAAGUGUGGAGAGUGAAAAAUGCAUGCCUGUCUGUGUGUCCAGAUGGAAGACAAAUUGGUCUAUUUCCAUUGUUAAAGAAGUUCAAAGGUAAACAAUUAAAGCCAUGGCCCAAAUAAGGAGGUUCUGAGAAAUUAAGAAACUAAAGCAGUGGUCAGAUUAUGACUAGGGUCAGCAUUUAUUUAAAGCAUGUGACUUAAAGCACGGGAUUUAAAGCAUGGGAUUUGAACGUUACAAUCAAUGUGCUUGUGGGGUCCCCGUAGGUACUGGAUUAGCUCCUGAAUCACCUGGGUAUUCACGCAAUUAAUGAUUAAUUGUGACCCCCAUGGAGAGGAAGGAAAGUAGACGUAGAUAGAAUGUUAAAGAAAAGAAAGUCUUUAAGCCACCGAGUGUACCAGCAUCUGCCUGGUAGGUUGCAUGUGAGUCAAUUCAAUAUAUUGCAGCAUAUUUGCAAUUUAUCCAUGCGCAUCACAGAAAACAACAGUAGAUUGGCAUUUGCAACAAAAGGCAUCAACUACAGUGUUGAUGUACGGAAACCAACAAUUAGGGGGGAAUCGUCUGUCAGCAAGGCGCCUCAUCCAAGAUUUUACCAAUGCGUUUCUGUGUGCAAACAUUCCCCUUGAAAAGCUGGUUAACCCUAAAUUACACGCAUUUCUCAAUAAGCAUGUAAUCAAUGGCAGGACGAUCCCCUCUGGAAAACAGCUUAGGCAGAGUAUGUGCUGCAGGCUAAAGACAGUAUAAAGGAACUGGCCAAGUCAUCUGACAGCAUGCCUAUGGUCACAAAUUGAUCAAACAAAAACGCACAGACAGUUAUGUUUUGCUAAUUUUAUUUGUCUGCAAGGAAAAACAAUCACAUUUUAUUUGAAAGUAGUACCGCUACUGUUCAGUUAUAGAUGGCACCAAGAAAUGCCUGCUGGACUUUGAGGUAGGCUUCAACAGUGCGGCUGUAUUUGUCUUGGAUAAUGCAAGUUAGGUGUUGAAAGCAUACCAGGAAAUCCUCAGAGGCCUGGUGCCAAAUGCAGACCAGCCAACGUGCAAUGCCCACAUUGUGACACUUUUGAGUGGUAUUGGACCAAGCAGUUUCCCUAAAGUUGAUGAACUCAUGGGAGUUCUUCAAAAUGUUUUUAACCAUUGCCCAAAUUAAGUUGCACCGCACAGUAAUGCAAUGACAUCGCAAAGUUCAGGCCUACCAAUGAGACUCUCACCUGAGCCCUACAGAACACAGUGGGCAGUUGGUGUCCUGCUGUGUAGUGCUAGUCCCAUCCCCAGCACCUCAAUAUCUAUUCCAGAGGGUGUUAAAAAAGAGUUCUGCCAUUUUGUUUUUUGUUUGUUCUCACAACCCUCCUUUCUGCUUGGUUAGAGUGGGUGACGGCAUGUUUUGAGUGUUUCCUCAAAGGGAAAAAUGUAUUUCCUGCGUUAUUGUAUGACACUGAAAAAGACAAUUUGCACUGAAUGACUGAUUUUUCUGGAAAUUGAACAAACUGUCACUGCUUGGGGGUGGGGGGGGGGGGGAGUUGUUAAGACCUACAGCCUUUAUAUAAUUACCUUUUUAUAAUUAAGUGUGGUGAGGGAGUCAGUGCAGACAAAAGUUACCUCAGUUUGCACUGUGGAAUGUCCCCACUGCAUUCUGAUGUGGUUUCUCUUAAGUACUGUUGAUGUGGUGCAUUGUCUCGUUACCUGGUAACUGCUUUUUUUUUAAAAGCAAGUCAGCAGCAGGUCAGCAGCAGUGGACACCUUUCUUGAUAUGUCAGUUUCAUAAUGCUCACUGUUCAAAUGAGUAUAUCUUUAUCACAAAUGUUUUAUUUAUGGAUGUAAACAAUUUCCAUGACACUGACAUGCCUUCCUGAUGGAAAUUCCAGCUACAAGCCUGAAAUGGAACCGAUGGCACCCUCUGGAACUUGGUGAUGGUCUGCUGUCUGCACUAUGCUCGUCCAAUAGCUGGACAUGGUUUUCUGUGCAUGGAUGCUAUCUCAACCAUCUUGUUUCCAGCUUCACCAUCUCCAAAGCAGCUAGACCAGUUCUAAUACAAGCUGGCAUCAAACUGGAAUUUCCACCAGGGCUUAACCUACCGUAAUUUGUAAUCUUUUAAUUUAACUUCCCCCCUUGAAAUCUCUAUAUUAUUUUUUGCAGUUUCAAAGUGCCUUCGUACAGUACUGUAGUAUUUCUGAGUCUGUUCCUAAAUAAACCUGCGUUUGCAAGAGCAGGCCUAUUUGUU